CAUCAUUUAACUAAUUAUGUUAAUUUUAUUACGUGAGCUGAUGGUGGCAUUUAAUGAAUACAUGGAAUAGCUGGGGUGCCCCUGGGGAGAGUUUUGGGAACUGAAGUGAUGUCAUCCAUCUAGUCAUCCAAAAAGAUAUCAGUAACUCUUUGGAGAACAGAAGAAAAUCUUGUUGUGUCUUUUUUAUGUAUUAUUGUUCAUUUACAUAUAUUCUAAUGAUAACAGGUAAAUAUCUACAAAUCUAGCAGAUAAAUAUCUUUAAACAUUUUCUUUGACCUUUGAGCCUAACAUGGGCGUCUGAUACUUGAAGGUCUUCUAUCAAAACUGAAGAGUUUCCCUUCAAACAGUGUUUAGGUCAAGUCAAGUGGUCAAGUGGCUUUUCAUUGUCAUUUCAACCAUAUACAGUAAUACAGUACAUAGUGAAACGGGUCCUCAGGGGAGCUGAGCUGUAAAGGGGGAGAAAGUUAAGAUGAUUCCAUGGGCCCCUGAGUGAUUGGGGCCCUAAACAAUUUGGAACAUACUUAGAUUGAUCUGGGUUGGGGGCCCAGUGUGAUAGGCUUUCAUGGGGCCUAAAAUCUCUGGCAGCACUCCUGGGUGACCUGGGAGAUCAUGUAGCCUGAGCAGAACCAGAGCAGAAAAGCUACAGUCCUGUGAAGAUCAGUGUUGAAAGGUGUGGUGCUACUGCACCCUCAAGCAGGAAAUGGCUCACGAGAGGCGCUUUGUACUGCAGGCACCAGGAGAGGAACGCCUCAGUUUCCUCCUGGACACCUUUGGAGUGGAGAUAUCUGUCCUUGAGGGGGUCCCACCCUGCAUGAAAUUGCCUGUGUGUAUCACCUGCUACUGGAUGUCCAAUUGCAGGCCAAAACCCGAGCUGCUGCACCUGCAAGCGCUACUGUUGGGGAUGGUGUAUGGAAAACUCAUACAGGAUGAAUCUGAUGAAGCAGUAAGAGAAAAGUUGGUCAGAAAGCAAAGUAGUAUGCGGAUCAACUGGGAGCAAUGGGGGCCAAACUGGACAGCGACCCACCUCUACAACCAGUGGCAGUCCUGUAUGAGGAGCAGCUUCCAUCUCAACCAGCUGCUGCGCUGUCCUCUGCCCAAGCCUACGUGUUCCCAGCUGUACAGCGGGACGCUGGUGCAUGGGGUGGUGAGGCGGCUGAGUGAAGGACAGAUGCCAGAGUCACUGCUGGAGGGACUGCCUUCACUUGAGAAGUUCUUCAGUGACCUGCAGGGGGCAGUGCUGAGUAAUGAGAAGACGACAAGAAAACGGGGCCGAGGGCAGCAGCAACCCGAAGGAGGACCUGCAAACCCUGUGACACACAGUGACACGACUUUACAGAGAUCCCACUAUCCUGAAGUGGAUACGAAGAAGAGAAGGAAAUAGGGCCAAGACAUUGCAAACAUCUGUCUAGGCGGUUGUGGAAUUGCUGAGGUGGAUGAGGAAGAAAGCCAACAGUGGUCUAAGAAGUAUUAGAGGUGCAUAAAGACACAACCAGGGCUGUAAUUUGUGUGCAUUCCUGUAUUCAGAUUUUUAACUCGUUUUUUUUUAUCUGAUAGGAUUCAGACAAUAUGCCAAGAAAUUAGUUAAUGCUACAGUAAUAAUCUAUUUUAACCAACAUGUGACGGUCUCUUAUUUAGUUUUUUUGCUGUUUUUUCUGCUAUGCCCCUUACAUUCAGUCUGGUCUGGCUUCCUAAUUGCAUGAAUAAUCUGACCAAUUCUACCUGGAUUGGCUUCACUGGGAUUUACUCCUGCCUGGCACAACACUGCCCCCUAGUAGCUGACAGGAAUAUUUUCCUCCCAGUAGUAUGAAUGUUGGCCAGACCGGAUCCUGUCUUAUUUUGACACAUUUUUCAAGGGCAUUAAAACACUGAUAUUCCCUUAGAAACAGGAUUUAAAAGAACAUCCUCUGUGGUCUAACAAAAGGACAGAAACCCCCUCCCAGGAUAAUCAGUAAAAUGCUGAGUCAUUGUUACCUGAAAAAUGAAACUUUAAUCCUAGGUUAGUCUCAUGACCCACAAAGACACUAGAUGGGUCCAACACAAGUCAGACUGACAAAUCCAGCACAUCACGUUUUUCUAUUGAGGUCAUGCAGAUAGAGGUCAUUACAAAGUUUACCAAAAGGGGGCGCUGUGAUGGCAGUGUGACUGGCAGACGUUGCUGCUGCUGGUUCACAUGUUUGACCCACACUCUUCUCAGCUUCCUCAUUCAGUUAUCAGCUUCUCACCCCCUCCCCUCCCCAGAUCUUAGGAUGAAGACAUCGCUGAAAGAAACUGUCAUUUCUGUAAUUCAUUUAACCGAAAUUCUUCAUUAAUCACAUGAAAUAAGCUUAACAUUUACACAUUUUUGUUUAUUAUUCAGCAGAUGCUUUUGUCCAAAGUUACAUAUAAGUGAGGCAAGUAGCACAUCAGCUGCAAUACUUCAGGCCCUGAACACUGUGCCAAACACCACAAUAGUGUGCUGGCCUGUGACAGGCCCUGCUAAACAUGAGCGCUGUUACUAUACACACAUGUACAAUUAACACGAAAAGAUCCAAUUUUUCUUUUACUUUUUUAGUUUGUUGUCAUUCUUUAGGGAUUUUCUUUGUUUUUAAUCUCUUGUCCUCUGGCCUUUUUCUUUUUCGAGCCAUAAUUCAUAUGUCCUUGUACAGCACAUCUAAGAUCUGAGCACCUUCUUCAUAUGUGCCAUGGAAUAAUUGUAAGUUUCACAUCUUGGGGCAAUUUCCUGCUUGUAUAAUCAUGCAUUCAAUAAACUAUAUUAACAUUUGAA